UCUCAUUGAUAUUUUGUUGUAUACAUAAUACAUGGUAGAUACACAUGUUGAUUGUUACCACAUGGCUGAAAUGUAAUUUAGUUGAGUAUUUUCGUUUAUUAUAUAAAAAUGUCAGUGCCUGAUAAAGUGUUGAUGCGAAAGAUUAAGAAAAGAGAGAAGAGGAAACUUCAAAUAUUGAAAGAACGGGAACAACAAGCACAAGAUGUAAACGAAAAUGAAACUGCAAUUGAGGAUUCAGAAGAAAAUAUUACGGAAAAUGGAGUGGAAGUUUCAAAUGCAGCCGAACAAUAUUGCAUAGAGGAGGGACCAGUCAAAAAGAAAAAAAGAAAAACAAAAGAUGAUAAAAAUGUUAAUAAUGCCACCAAAUCCUAUGACACUUCUAUACAUGAACACUCUGUGUCAGAAGAGCAUAAUGUUAAUAAUGUAGCUAUGAAUUUACCGGGAUCUACAAUAGGGUUAACAGUAUCAAGUGAUACAAGUUUUAAAGUAUUAGAAGGAACAGUGUGUGAAAAUACAUUAAAAGCAAUACAAGAUAUGGGUUUUACAAACAUGACAGAAAUACAAGCAAAGUCUAUUCCUCCCUUAUUAGAAGGUAGAGAUUUGGUGGGUGCUGCAAAAACAGGAUCUGGAAAGACUUUAGCAUUCUUAAUACCAGCCAUUGAACUAAUAAAUAAAUUGAAAUUUAUGCCCCGCAAUGGUACAGGUUGUAUUAUUAUAUCUCCAACACGAGAAUUGUCCAUGCAAACAUUUGGAGUCUUGAAGGAACUGAUGAAAUAUCAUUUUCAUACAUAUGGCUUACUAAUGGGUGGUGCUAAUAGACAGACUGAAGCUCAAAAGCUUGCAAAAGGAAUUAAUAUUAUUGUAGCUACGCCUGGUAGAUUACUAGAUCACUUGCAAAAUACUCCUGAUUUUUUGUAUAAAAACCUUCAGUGCCUCAUUAUCGAUGAAGCAGAUCGUAUUUUAGAUAUUGGUUUUGAAGAAGAAAUGAAACAAAUUAUUAAUAUUCUACCAAAAAGAAGGCAAACAAUGUUAUUUAGUGCAACACAAACUAAGAAAAUAGAAAUGUUGACAACUUUAGCUUUAAGAAAGGAGCCAGUUUAUGUUGGUGUUGAUGAUGACAAAGAAAAAGCAACAGUAGAAGGUUUAGAACAGGGUUAUGUAGUUAGUCCUAGUGAAAAAAGAUUCCUACUUCUAUUUACCUUUUUAAAAAAGAAUAGGAAGAAAAAAGUUAUGGUUUUCUUCAGUUCUUGCAUGUCAGUUAAAUAUCAUCAUGAACUUCUAAACUACAUUGACUUACCAGUACUAAGUAUACAUGGGAAACAGAAACAAACAAAAAGAACAACAACAUUUUUUCAAUUUUGUAAUGCUACAUCUGGUAUACUUCUCUGCACUGAUGUAGCCGCGCGUGGUCUUGAUAUACCAGCUGUUGAUUGGAUUGUACAAUAUGAUCCACCAGAUGAUCCUAAGGAAUAUAUUCAUCGCGUUGGUAGAACAGCACGAGGAGAAGGAAGCAGUGGUCAUGCUUUAUUAAUUUUAAGGCCAGAAGAACUUGGUUUUCUUCGUUAUCUUAAACAAGCUAAAGUGCCAGUAAAUGAAUUUGAUUUCUCAUGGAAUAAGAUUGCUGAUAUUCAAUUGCAGCUGGAAAAGUUGAUUUCUAAAAAUUAUUUUUUAAAUAUGUCAGCAAAAGAGGCAUUUAAAGCAUAUGUAAGAGCAUAUGAUUCUCACCAUUUAAAGCAAAUCUUCGACAUUGAAACUUUGGACUUGGCAAAAGUUGCGAAAUCUUUUGGAUUUGUUGUGCCACCAGCUAUGGACCUGAAAGUAGGAAUAAGCAAGAACUCGCGACCACGGAAAAGAUUAGGUGGAGGCGGUUAUGGGUAUUUUAAAAGUAUGAACAAUCCAAAUUCGGAGAAGCAACCGCUUCGCAAGAAGACUUUUCAACAGAAGAAAAAAUAUGAAAACGAUAAACGACAAUUUGCUAGAUAACUGUACUUGAAAAUUAUUAAAAAAUUGAAUAUUUAUCGAUACAUCAACAUGUAUAUUGUACAUGUAAUUCCAACGCUGAAUUUAAUACAUGAGCUGUAUCCUUUA